UGAUGGGCCGAUUGGAUAAGACCUGCGGAUUAUCUACGGGGAGACCCACGACCAAUGGAACUUUCACCUGUGCAGAUAUGAUAAGGGGAUGACUGACGUACCAGGGUCCCUCCGUCCCCAGCCUGUUGGGGGCAAAAAAGGAAGAACGUCACCGCCUUGGGGUUGGAAGAUGUCCGGGCGUGCUGGAGACACGUCUCUACAACAGCACCUAAUACAGCCUUGUUCUUGUGUUCUGGGAGGUUCAGUGCAUGUGGUCUUUGUUUCUCGCUUGAUUGUUCCCCCACAUCUUGUUAGCGCCUGCCAUCCCAUCUUCUCUCGCCCUCAGCUGGUCUACGGCGGCUACAAGAUAUCUACCUAGUCCUGACUGUUCACCUCUGCCUGGUGCCCAGGAGCGCUCACGACAUGUCACAAACCACCCAUAGUGCAAGCUUCUCCUUGGACGCCUUGGAUUCAGGGGAGAAAACUCCAGAUGACUCGUCCAAGUUGAAGACGUUCCUUUCGAUUCUUCGAAAGUUCGUCGGAGUCACUGACAUUGCGUCCGUUCGUUUCUCGCUCCCGGCACAGCUUUUAGAGCCCACUCCCAAUCUGGAAUAUUGGAACUAUCUCGAUAGACCGGAGACCUUUGCUAGCAUUGGCAAAUCAGACGAUCCAGUUGGGCGUAUGUUGGAGGUGUUGAGAUUUUGGUUUACGAAAGAUCUGAAAUACGUCAAAGGCAAGCCUUGCAAGCCAUAUAACUCUACCCUCGGUGAAUUCUUCAGAUGCACUUGGAAGGUGGAAGAUCCUCCAGCAUUUGACAUUUCCUCCGGCUUAACAGCGACAAAUAGCAGUGUAAACGUUGCCGCGACGGGCGAAGGCCCGAUUAAGAUUUGCUACCUGACCGAACAAACAUCUCACCAUCCUCCCGUCUCUGCAUUUUAUAUCGACUGCCCUGAGGAGGGCGUAUCAGCCCGUGGAUUUGACCAGAUAAGUGCCAAAUUUACCGGAACUAGUAUUCGCGUCAGCCCUGGCCAGCACAAUCUCGGGAUUUUUAUUACUCUUCGAAACAGAGACAAUGAAGAGUAUCAACUGACACAUCCCUCGGCUCACCUGGGCGGUCUUUUGCGAGGGGCAUUGUCCAUCACGGUAGCAGAUUCAUGCUACUUUUACUGCCCCAAAACCAAAAUCAAAGCUAUCUUGCAAUAUUUGGAGGAAGGAUGGAUCGGCCGUUCGCAAAACAAGGUCGAGGGCGUGAUCUUCAGGUAUAAUCCAGACAAUGACACGACGAAUAGGAUCAAGGACGUGCCUGAAAGCGAUAUCCUUUGCCGAAUCAGCGGCUCGUGGCACGGCCAGAUCUUCUACACCGUUGCCGGCUCCACGGAUGCUCGUCUUCUCAUCGACAUUGCGCCACUUUUCCCAGUCACCAAACACCUGCCCCCAACAGAAUGCCAGCUAUCCAAUGAGUCGCUCAAAUUCUGGUCCAACGUCACCGCUGCUAUCCUCGAGAAAAGGUACAGCCAGGCCACCAAAUUAAAACAGGAGAUUGAGGAGCGACAGCGCCAAAGGGCCGCUGAACGCAAGGAGAAGAACGAGGAAUGGCAGCCCCGCUUCUUUACGGGCGCAGUCACGCCCCUGGGAAAACCAGAGCUGACUGAGGAAGGGCUACGAGCUCUGGAAGGACUCCGAGCGGAGAACUACGCCUUGGAGGAAAGCAAAGUGCAGGGUGCUUAGGGGAUGCGUUGAGCUUCGAGGGCUCCUAAUUAGACUAGUCCGCUGUCCAUAAUUAUACAUAUUACAUAGGUAGUUGAGUCGGCCGGGGGCUAUUUUUUUGCGUCAUAUUUCCUUGGUCGGUUCCUAGCAUGCUUCCUCGUUACUUCCAGAUUCUUUCCUGGAGAGAACCCAGCACAUAAACCAAUUAUAUAUAACUAACUGCAAAUAAAAAUCAGUAGUUCAUACGUGGG